CGACAUCAACAGUUUCUGCAAAAUCGCAGCCAAAAAUGCAGAACCAGCCGCCCAAGUACGUCUCCCCGCCGGGGACAUGGAGAACGAAGCUGGCCCUCCGGGCUGCUUCGGUACUGUUCUUGAUCAUCAUCGCUGGUGUCGGCGGGUCGCUGGCGGCGACCCCACGGGUUGAGAUGACGGCUGUGAUGCUUCUCGUCCUGGUACCUGCUCUCCUCGCAACGUUCAUCUGGGACGCCGCCGAAGCCAUCUGCAUCUGGAAGCGAGAGGGAAACCGGGGCAUACACCCCGGGGCAGUCGUGGCGAUCGACCUCUUCUGCUGGUUGGGAUGGGCUGUCGUCGAUCUUUUCCUCGUCGCAUCUGGAGUCACCAGCAGGCCCCGUUACCUCAUCGAGGACUACAGUGGCUACGACGACUAUCGCUACACGUACGAUCCGUCCAAGGUCACCCCCGAGGAUGCGCAGCUGGAGAAGGACAUCAUGGGCAAAGGGGAGGCUCUGGUUGCAUUCGUCAGCCUCACAUUGAUCGUACAUUUUGUGCUAUUCGUCAUCGCCUGCUACGAGACCAACAUCCGGAACCGAAUGCCGAGGACCGUGUACGUGAUGCAACCAAUUUACGGGCCUCCGUCGGCGGUGCCAGGCGGGUACCAACCUCUCGGCUCAUUCCAAGGCCCACCGCCUCCGGGCCCGCCACUGUCGCCGUAUCAGAUGUAUAUGCAGCCGCCGCCGAGCCCGUUACCCACCCAACCAUCUCCGACACACACACCAGAACUCAAAGGAGGACCCGACCGCUUUGCUUGAGGCCAGUGGUGGUGGUGAAUUCAUUUGUACAUAUAUAGACUGGCGGACCGGAAAAUUUACUGUGUAAUGGGCAUCAACUGGGAGGUAGUUGGAGUAAAUGGGAAUAGUCAUGUUCAUUGCAACACAACGAGUUCGAGUGCGACUUGGCCUUCUGUCAUUGACUUGUAAACGGAUAUCGUACCAUCUGUGUGUGGGAAUGGGAGCCAUAGAAUGGAUAUGGAGCAGCAGAAAAGUCGCAAUGUACCUGUAUAUUGUAUCUCUACCCUACCGCAGCAAUGCAAGCCGUAGGAGCCACAGAAACCGCCAGAGGUUUCUGCCCAUUCCACGCCCGCCUUAGUACCUGAGCCUUCCUCAUGGCAAUGCGGGCAGGGAAUGCCGCAGCAGGUAAGCUACCUUCAGGAAUUCCCAUCUUGUCCGCCUUUCAGACGAGAAUACCAACUCUAAUUCGUCUGCUCUUCACCGGCAAGUGUCCAGGACAUGCACCGC